AUGAGCGCGUACGAGUGCGAAAGUACAACGGUCUCAAGCUAUUUAUUGGACGAACACUGUCUAACUCGGUCCAUUGCUGACGUACGUGGUCUGGCUUUGGUACGAGGCUGCGACGCGCUGCAUAUUGCGGGGGCGUUGUACACCGAAGAUCGGUUUCCGACAGGUGGGGAUUCGGAUGAAGAAGAUGAGGCCAAAGGGAGGACUGGCGAGAAUCCCGUACUCCUCCUCUGUCAUUCUUGUAUGGAUCGAACUCGGACCGCAUGUCAAACGAUGUGGACCACACAGGAAGAACUUCGCUACACUUCCCCGGGGUUGUAUGCCAUCAAACAUGGUUUCUUUACAACAUUCCGUGUGCUAUCUUCAAACAUGUGCACUUAG